GUUCGUGACAUAAAUUACCUGUAAAGCUAGUUUAAAUCUUUCAAAAGUUCUUGGUGUAUUUUUUGUUUUGCUACUCUGAAGUUGCAUGGAUUCUGAGGAUUGUGUAGACGGAGAAUUGGAGGAAACUCCCAUAUAUGGUAGAAAGAUGAAAAGCCUUCAUUUUCUAACGACGAAGUUUGUCCAGCUACUAGAGGAAUCUGAAAACGGAGAGCUGGACCUCAGACACGCUGUCAGUACCCUUGCUGUUGGAAAAAAGAGAAGAAUCUACGACAUCACUAAUGUGUUGCAGGGGAUUGGUCUCAUCAGAAAAAAAUCAAAGAAUCUUGUGAAGUGGCAGGAGAUGAAUCCAAGAAGAAAUGUAACCAGUGCAGGAAGAAUUCUCAUGAAGUUGAAGGCUGAGCUGGCUCACUUGGAAGUCAGGGAACGUUUUCUGGACCAGCAGAAACUCUGUAUCGAACAAAACAUCAGGGAAAUGACCGAAAACGACGGAGAUACAGUGUAUGUGACUCAUGACGACAUCUGCAACUCCUUCUGUGGUCGCACAGUUUUGAUGGUAAGAGCACCCCAAGGCACACAGCUCGACGUUCCCAUUCCAAAAGCUGUUCCAAACUGCCCAGCUAAAUACCAGAUUCAUCUAAAAAGCGUCACAGGACCCAUGGAUGUUGUACUUUUUAACAAAUGUUCUUCCAGCUCCGUUCCUCUUGUUUUGCCAGUCCCACCGUCUGAGGAAGUCUUACAAAGUGCCAAGUCAGCGAUGUCAUCUUCUGAAGAGAAAGAAAACAUAACUGAAGCACAACAGCCAUCAGCUAUUGUCCAGUAUGGAGCUAAAUGGGUGCCUCAAUGCAUGUUAUCAUUGUUUAAUGCUGAAAGCAGAACAAAUGAUGGAUCUGCACUAAGAGAUUUAUUAAAAGAACAACAGGACCUGUUAAAGCCACCCAGAGUUGUAAAUACGGAUCUGAUCACUGAGUUUAUGACUUCUGAAGUUUUGUCACCUCUUGGCCAUCUAUCUUGAUCCCCACCUGAGCAUGACCACGUCUGUGGCCAGGAGGACAUUAAAAGGAGACACUAUA